GUCUGUAGUUGCACUCGCGAGUAGUGACACACAUGCAAUUAAUUUGCUUGCGUCUCACUGAUUGAAAUAAUUAAUUUGCUUGCGUCUCACUGAUUGAAACAGUUCUAAUGCUCAAAACGCCCCAGUGAUGAAAGUGUUAAUUCAAAGAGUAGCUCAAGCUAAAGUUGCAGUUGAUGGAGAAACUGUGAGUUCUAUUGGAAAGGGACUAUGCACCCUGGUUGGAAUCACCCAUAAAGAUACACCAAAGGAGAUGGACUACAUGGUAAGGAAAAUUCUUAACCUGAGAUUAUUUGAUGAUGAUCAAGGAAAGAGAUGGUCUAAAAAUGUCAUGGAAAAAAACUAUGAAGUUUUGUGUGUGAGCCAAUUCACACUCUGUAUGAUUUUGAAGGGGAACAAGCCUGAUUUUCAUUCUGCCAUGCCUCCAGAAAAAUCUCAAGAGUUUUAUGCUGAAUUUAUCAGGAAGAUGGGAGAAGCAUACGAUCCAACAAAAAUCAAAGAUGGAGUAUUUGGAGCACACAUGCAGGUUCACAUACAAAAUGACGGACCCGUAACAAUACCUCUGGAAUCCCCCGAAUCUCUUCAGGAUGAAGGAAAGAAACAAAAAAUGUGGAACAAUGCCAAAAAGCAAUCUUCCAAUGCUUCCAAAAGCUCAUCAACACAAAUGACUCCUGUGCUACAGGAUCCUAGUAGCUCUUCUGUGUCGGGGCCAGACGUGGGGUGUGACGGAGCUACGUCUAGGGAAUCUCAAGGUGGAAAAGAGUCCCAGCCAAAUGACCAGAGUUGACCCUGGCAGUUAUAUAGAUAUACUCCUCAAUGACAGCUUGUUAAUCUGGAAUCAGACAUGCCUUGUGUGAUAGAAAGUGUCCCUGUGAAUAGUAUGAAGUCUUCAUGAUCAUAUACACUUUUGACAAAGGAUAUUUUUAGUCCAAUUUUACCUCUAACUCUUUGCAACAUUUGACAAAAAAAUAUGGUGAUUGGGUAGCACAGUGGUAAUGAACUCUCCUUUAACCUAAGCACCCAGGGUUUAAUUACCCAUCAGAUAUAAAAAUGUAUGGAGGUCAUGACCUGCCUGACCACUAUAAGGUUUCCUCAGGGUACUUUGGUUUCCUCCUUCAAUAAGACCACUUACUCGCUUCCAUCCGGGCCCACAAAGAGUGAUUUAUGUAAGUUGGUAUAACUCGUUUCCCACUUGUAAAAUAAAUAUUAUUUAAAGAUUAUU